AUGGCUGACAACCACGAGAAGACCAAAACCCCUUCGCAAAAGGAGAUCACCCGCCAGAAGCGCCAGUGGGCGGAGGCAAUCGCAGAACGGCGGACCUUCAAGCCCAAGCAAGGCUGGCUGUUGAACCCAGAGGACGAGCAGGAACAGUACAAAGAAGCAAAGCUGGCGCACGACGGGAAGUUGGACAGCGAGAAAGACAAAAACGAUAAGAUGGGGAAGGGACAUGAGAAGAAAGACAAUACGGGAGACGAGAAGGAGAACACGACGGACGACAAUCAAAAGAGCAAGGAGGAGGACAAUAAGGACAACAAACUUUCCUGGAAGGAGAGGGUGGAGGCCAAAAAGGCGGCUCCGCAGAGUUCCACUUGGAGGCCUGCGUGCUGGUUCCACAACAACGCUUUCUGCACCAAGGGGGACGACUGCCCCUUCUUCCACAGGCCCAAGAGGAAACCCCACGAGCUUUGCCGCAAGUUCGCGCAAGGCGUCUGCUACCGAGGCAGCAACUGCCGGUACGCGCACCAAGUGCAGAAGACAGGACGCCAGCUCCAGGAGACGCGCACGGAAAGGGCUUUCGACGACAGGAUCCGUCAGGAGAGUCGGGCGGCGGAGUGGGAGGAGUGCGCGACCAGGAAGCGGCUAAAGCAAAGCAAAGUUAUACUCCACGCAGACGGCGCCCGCUCCCACAAGCUCCGCGUUGACGGCGUGGUCCACGACUGGGUCGUCCACAUGAAGAAGCGCGUGAAGGUAAACGGCAAGUACGUAUGGGUGAAGCCAGCCUUCACGAAGGUCAGGUAUUAUGACCUUGCAGACAGUGGAUGCUCCAACAAGAAAAUGCGCAUCUGGGUCCCAGAUCAUCGACCACGUCUGGGGCGGGUUGAGGCGCCACCUUGGCCCCGGCCGCAAGGUGAACCCCGCGCGCUGGCAAACAGGGCGAGGUCCUUCCUGUGGUGCUACUGGAACAAGGGCGAAGACUUGCGGGCGCAGACGGGCAAGAUGCUGACUGCUCUGUUCCGACAGCAGCACGA